AUGGACACGACGCCCGGAGCUCGGGACCGAACUGCGCUCUUCCAGAAACUGAAGCCAUUUUGUGUCAAAAUCAGCCAACAUGCUAUCCGCGACCCUGACGGGCCCGCGGCUACCCAAGAGUUGGUUGAGCAUACGAGCCAGGUCCUGGACAUUAUCGAGGCGCAGAUCGAAUCCAACCCAGACGCGCUCGACGAGAAACUCGCCGAGUAUGUAUUCUUCCCCCUCUAUCACAUCUUCCGCCAGAUGGACCGGUAUCCGGUGCCCCUGAUCGAAAACUGCAUCAAGAGCCUUCGUCUUCUCAUCACCUACGGCUGGAAAUCGAAAAUAUCCGCCAAACUGGUGCAGCAGAUUUUCAGUCUCCUCGUCUUCAUCAUUGACGGAGUCCCUGGAUCUCAAAACAAGCGAGAGGUCCCGGAAGAGACCGUGCUGGAAGCUUUCCGUACCCAGACCGCUCUGCUCGGCGCCGCUGCUUCCUCGGCGGCUGCAGCCUUUGGUCUUGCCGAGCAAAAUGCGAUCCCUGUUCUGGGACACGGCAUAACUGUGAUGCUUGAUGGCGCUGUGGACGGUGCAAAUCCAUGGAUCCAGCGAGAAGCCUUGCGCUGUCUGCGAGGAGCGUAUUCCGCACUCAGGGAGCAGGAAGCCUUGGCAAGCUUUCUUCCCGGGACCGUCUCCUCCCUCGCCAAGAUCCUUUCUCUACACAACCGGCACAAGACAGCAGUGCUGGCGGAAAGCCUGGAGGCCUUGCGGACCGUAUUGACGCGCGUGCUUGGCGAUUUGAGGACGAGGUCGAUUCUCGCUCAGGGGCGGCAGGAAGAACAAGACUCUGAUGGCGACAAGAGCAAGAUCCUCAGCCCGGCGUGGCUCAAGGCCACAGUUUUGCAGGUGAAACUGGCCUUGUCGACAAUCAUGAAGCUUCGUACGCUAGAUGCGCACCAGAUCCGAGAGGCGCUGGAGAGGCUCUGCGUGGCGUUGCUUGACGAAUGCCACACCACGCUUUCAAACUGCACAGCGAUCCUAGUGGAGACUGCAAUAGUUCUUGAUGGCGAUGCUGGUGUAGCGAACUCGACUCAAACCAGCUUAGGACACUUGGUCAACAUUUAUCCAACGCUGGGAGAAACAGUCAAGACGAUUGUUUACAACUGGAUGUCAAGCCUCCCCCGGGUAAUGCAGACAGGUGAUGAUGACUUGAAGAAGAUUGCGAUUCGAAAUCUGUCAAAAGGCGUCGAUCUGUUCCGGAACCUGGGCCUCGAAUCGGCAACUCUUGAUGACUCCAUGUCCGCGGCGCUCAAGGACAGUAUGGUGUCCCUCUUGCAGGCAUCAUCACAACAGGCCGAUCCUGGAGUGCAGCUUCAGCUGCACGACGGGACAGUGUCGGUGGGAACCUCGGCUGCAAGCAAGCAAACGUUUCAGCCGCUAGUCCUGGCUCGCGAAAGCCAAAAGGAGCUGAGAGGUGAGCUGAUGGGCCUCAUUGACCGACUCGGCUCUGCGUCUCAGAAAGCCAAGCUUGCGGCCAGCCUGUUGGAGACUGUCCGAGAGUCAUCAUCCGUUGACCAAACUGCCGCCGUGUGGCUCUGCUUCGAGCUCAUCAAGGCUGCAGAUUCAUCAAUCACCGAUGCUGACACCUUCUUGGACAUGUCUCUGUUUGCCGGGCCAUCAGACGAUACAGAGUCUAUCUUUGGCGACCUCUACAACUUUGCAGUACAGGUUCUCGAGUCUCGCGCGGACUCGACCUCUGGCGAGUGGUGCUCGGAGGCUCUGUCGCUGGAAGUCGUUGCUUAUGCCGCACAUAAAUCCGGCCACUCGUUCCGGCCGGAGCUCAUCGACGUGCUGUUCCCAAUCGCGACGUACCUGGGGUCCGAGAACCACGCCUUGCAGCAGCACGCCGUUGCUGCUCUGAAUAGCGUGGCAGCGUCGGCUCAGUACUCGAACGUGUCAGACCUGAUUGUCGACAACGUCGACUACAUGGUCAACUCGGUCGCUCUGAGGCUCAACACGCUGGACAUAUCACCGGCAUCGCUGCAGGUCCUUUUGAUGAUGAUUCGCCUUGCAGGACCCCGCCUGGUACCUUUUCUCGACGAUGUUGUCGACUCUAUAUUCGCGGCCCUGGGCAACUACCACGGAUACAAGUCGUUUGUGGAAAGCUUAUUCGCAGUCUUGAAGGAAGUUGUUGAUCAGGCGUCACGGACGAACCAGCACCUGCUGACAGACCGAGAACGAGCACGCGUGGACCAUAGAAAGAAACCGCUAAAGGAGCAAGGGUUGGACAGCCUUCUCGAUUUCCUGGAUAAGCGCGCAGAACGGGAAGCGCGUGACGCUGCCGAAGCCGCCGGCGGAGAGCCAAUUAAAGGCCAUCCGCAUGAGCCGUGGAAGACCGAGGCUACCGCUGACGAGGGCAGCGACGACGUGCAGAAUCAACCAGGGCCUGGGGAUGGCGACGAGAAGCCACCCAACUCACCGACGUAUCAGCUUCUGCUCCGCAUUGCGUCCCUCACCCAGCACUACCUGACUUCACCCAUGCCGAAAUUGAGAAGGUCGUUAUUGGAAUUGCUCACGACAGCUUCAUUGACUUUGGCCGGGGAUGAAGAUUCCUUCUUGCCCCUCGUCAACGCGAUCUGGCCCGUCGUGAUCGGCAGAUUAUACGACCCCGAGGCCUUCAUCACGAUAGAAGCAUGCAAUACACUAGUGAGCCUGUGCGAGGCAGCUGGCGACUUCCUGAGCUCACGAUUCAAAACCGAAUGGGGCGAUGGACUGCACGCCUGGUGUCGCAAGGCCCAGCAACAAGCUUUGGGCAGCCUCACCCGGUCAAGGAACUUCAAGGGGGGCAGGUCGCAUCCCGGCGUAGGCGAUAAGAUUAUGAUUCCUAUACGAUCGACGGACGGCCUCGAGGGCAAGGAAACGGCGCUCGAACCGCGAAGUCUGCACUCGGGUAGCCUUGGGCAGCAUUCUUCCCCCGCCAGAAUAUGGGAGGCGGUCGUGAAGCUACUGACGUCCAUUGUCUCUUUUGUUCACGUCGAUGCGGACAUGUUUGACCAAAUACUGGACCUGCUGUCAGACGCAUUGGAACGUAACGACGGGGUGAAGGAGGCUCUGGAGACGAUCAACGCGGAUGCAGUCUGGUUGGUUAGGUACGAGCGAGGGUACGUUGAUGCUCUUCCAACGCCCCAGCUGGAAGGCGUCAAGUUUGCCGAGAUGGAGCGGAUGCCGCGGAGUCAAGGGUAG